AUGCCACGCCGAAACAAUGAUGAAUACAACCAGGCUAAUGAUGAUACUAAAUGGUGCUAUGCAACAGGAAGUUGCAAGAGCAUUUGGAACACAUCAAUGGGCUUUGCAGCCGUUAAAUCAACGUGGGAAGACCAAAGGAUUGGCUAUCGGCAGGUAACCACACCCAGGCAGGACCUAUAUAUAUACUCAUCUUGGGCCUUACUGGAACACCUCUUAAGAGAUUCUGGAAAACCAAUCAUAUCUUACGAGGAAAUUCAGGAAAUGAAUAGAGAAGUUCCUGAGCAAUAUCGCCUAGAAAGCGAAGAAGAAAUACCUAAUUUUUUAACAUUCUUUCAUGAUCAUGGAAUUCUAUUGUAUUUCAAGGGAGAAGGGACUGGCACACACGCAAUCCUUAGCUUACAAUGGUUUUCUGAUGCAUUCUCUAGGCUUAUAGCGGAUAAAAAGCAUAUCAACAGAGACUGCAAGAGACAACAUAUUACAGAAUGGGAAAAUUUCAAUCAGACGGGAGAACUAAACCAUAAGUUGGUCGAAGCUCUCUGGAAAGAUGAAAAAGUGGACUCAACAAAUGCGCCAUCGUACAUAGAGUACAAAACGGAACUAAUGAGUUAUAUGGAGAGACUCCGAAUGUUGGUCAGUAUUGGUGAAAUAGGUAAAGGCCAGUCUUGGUAUGUGCCUUGUAUGAACAAAAAGCCGUUUACAAAAGACAUCAUUAAAGCAAAUAAAGCAUGCUCCUCAAUUUUGUGUUUUCGAUACACAUCAUUUGCCAUAUUUGUGUUUUAUAGGCUCGUAGCUUAUUGCGUGAGUUCUCUCAAAUGGAAAGUUGUACCGGACAAAACCUAUAGAUGUCUUUUUCAAACAGCAGCAGUUUUUAAAUACAAAAACCACACUGUUUUUCUCGGUAUUUGUGAUAAAGACAUCCAGUUGCAAGUCGUGGUCAAUGCUUUGGACAUAAGAACUGAAGUCUCCUGUGAAAUAGGUCGUUUAAUCGACAUGGGCCUAAACGAACUCACUCAAACAUUUGAAAACACAAAUUUGACUUUCCAGAGAGGAUACAAAUGCCAAAAGAUAUUUUGUGACGAAAAUGAUAUGUCGUUUACACUAGUAGAGGAUCUUUGUCAAUUAGGACUUGAAAACAUCGAGUGUUCCUGCUGUCCAAUUGGAAAAAACCACCAAAUAAAUGUACAAGAAACAAGGAGAUUCUGGGAACAGAAUCUUAAAGAGACUGAAAGUUUCCCAACUGUAUCGCAGUUCCCUCUUGAAAGGACUGACGGGAGAGAACGACAGCGUGGUGAGCCUUUCCGAAAGGAUCGAGAUGAUUCUUAUCCAUUGGUGCAUACCCAGAUCAUAGGGAAAUACGAAAUAGAAAAACGGGUAGGCCGCAUACAAUUUACUAAAGGUGGUGAUGUUUAUGAUGUGGGAACAGGAUUUAGAGUGGGCAGCAAGUACGUCAUGACAGCCUACCAUGUCAUGGAGAAAAAAUUGGAGAAACUUUGGAGCGAAGUACAUAAAUUGUUGACUGAAGAAGAAAGAAAAAUGAUAGAAUGGACUAAAGACAAAUUGCCGGUGACUGGAAGUUGGAAUAUAUCUAACCUCAUUCCAUCAUUAGACCAUAAGAGGAAAGGUAGAGUAAUGGGACUAGCGUCGAUUUUAACCGAGCAACAUGAAAUUAAAUUUGAAUUUUUGAAGGAAGGAGCAGUGGGAAGGAUUGCCAAAUUCAAAUCUGAUAUAGCAUUUGCAUCUCCAGAAAAUGAUGUCCUAAUUUUAGAGCUUGCAGAGCUAGAGUCGGAACCGAGAUUCUUUAAUCUAGUGGAAUAUAACAUUUCUGAAGAAAAGAUUCACGUGUUUGGUCAUCCUGAUGGAAUCCCACUUCAGCAUGAUCCUGGAUAUACAAUCAUAGACAACGAAACAAAACUUACUGAACUAAAAAAAGAAGGAAUUGCUUUCUUUAAAAAGGAGUGGCCAGAAAAGGAGCUCGAUAUAAUAGAUGACUAUGCCCCGUGUGUUAUAUCUGAGGACAAAAUUUUAUUUCAUAGCUCCAGCAGCACUGCUCAUGGUGCUUCAGGUGCCCCUCUCACUAUCGUUGAUAAAGGCACCAUUAAAGUGUACGGGAUGCUUUUACAUGGACACCCCAAAAUAUUUUAUAAUUAUUUCAAAAAGAAAGACAUGAAACGUCCUGAUCUGCUGGUAGAGUCGGGGAUCUCCAUGAGAAAAAUAAGAUCUUUACUUGAAUCCUGUUUACCUGAAUUUGAACAGGAGUUGUUCUGAGAUACGUGAUCAGUGAAUUGGUCCCCUGUUCUCUUGAAAUAUCAUGAGAAAGACGAUACGCCAUGAUAUAUUAUGAUUUCACAACUGUGUUUUGUAGCUGUAUUAUUUAAAAGCAUCAUAAUUAUCACUUUGAAUUUGUGUCUAAAUACGCAGUUUUAUUUUGUCAUUGAUAUGUGUACAUGUACAUCGUCCGUGCAUGGAUAUGUUAAGCGAAUUUACAUGUACAUUGACCCUGUCUGUGACAAAGGCUGAUAAUUGAGCAGUGAAAACGAUUUCUUUUUGUUACAUGAUUUAUUACUUGCAAAUCUCUAUUCUCUGAUUGGCUGAAA